AUGAAAAUCAACCUGGCAACCCUGGUUAGGUGUCAACGUUAUAUUAUUAUUGUUUACAAAACAAAUGAACAAAUAAUUAUUGUGAAGUGAAUUAUAUUCGAAUUUCGUUGUGUUGUCGAGGUGAAUUCAUGUUGAAACUAUAGUGAUGGACCCAGAUGAAGAAAAUGUCUCGUUGGAACAACUGCGAGGACCUGCGCAACUCACCCCUCCUCUACAGCACCACCCGCAGGACUCACCCUCCCAACAACAACAACCACCCAUGCCCCUCCAAAAACAGCCCAUACAACCAACACAGCGCCCGCCCACUCCUGUCGCCCCCGACGACCGUCCCCCGGAACCGCCACGCCCAGAACCGCCCAUCCGCCCAUCGACCGACCAGGCGAUCUCCGUACCGCCCCCUAGAGGCGUGUCUUUGCCGCCUGUGGUCGAGGGCGGGGCCAGACGGCCGCCUGCCAGGCCGUUGGCGUACUCGCAGAGCGAGAGGGUUGGAGGAGCAAGGGGCGUGGCUAGCGAAGUACCGCCCCUGGAGAGGUCGGUCAGUAGGCGGGGCGAGGCGAUCAAGAGGUACAUUAGGAAGGAGACGGCGAACUUUUUCGGAGUGGGGGAAGAGGAGGAGAGCGGCGAGCAGCAGCUGAGGUGGCUGGAUCGCAGGAAACGGAUGGCUUGCAGGACGAUGGGCCCCCUCAAGGACGAAUACUGCACGCCGACGAUCAGCCGCUUCUCGCAGCACCGUCGCACCGUUUCGGAGGCGGGGCCCGGCCGGGGGGCGGGGCCCAGCAGCCGAGAGGCGGGGCAGCUGGCGACGGGGCGGCCCGACGUGCUGCCCGGCGAUUCGCCGGAUUCGACGACGGGGCGGGUACUACCGGCGGCGGCGGAGGCGGGGACUUCGCUGCGGAGGAAGGACUCGGUGGCUAGGAUGACGUGGGACGGACUGUCGUACGUCGUGACGACCCUAUCCCGACACAGACCGAGACCGCGAUCGCAGCAGUCGCAAUGGUCGCGCAGCUUCCACUCGCCGGAAACGCCCGAACUGCCGGCGACGGCGGCCGAGGAGCAGUCGUUCUUCGAGCGGCCGCCAUCGGUGCCUGCGUCGCCGCCAGAGGGCGACACUGUGGACAGGGCGAGGGUGGUGGAACCCGUGCGCAGGGAACGGGACAGGGUGCGUUACGCCGUGCCGGUGACCAGAGGAUGGCGCCGAGAAGAAGAGGAAGAAGACGAUGUCGUCCUGAGGCGAGCGGGUGGCUCGAGAAAGCUGUCCAACUGGUUGGACAGGGUGUUGGACAAUUCCGAUAGGCGGCAGUACGGGAUGGGGUGGGUCGGCAAAAUGUUCGGCCGUUCCAUUAGGAAAUCAGUGACGCAAGACUCUACUAUACAAGAGCAACUCGAUGACAUGGAAGACCACCGGCCGAUGUUCACCUACUGGGUGACCACCGUGCAAAUCCUCGUCCUCUUCAUCUCGAUCGUGUGCUACGGUUUCGGUCCUUUCGGGCUGGAUCUUCAGGCGCGGUCCGGUCAGGUGCUGGUGACAAGUUUGUCGCUGCAACAGGUGGAUUAUAUGGAGCCGGCGAAUUUCUGGUUCGGACCUAGGGCGGGAGAUUUGAUACACUUGGGUGCAAAAUUCGCGCCCUGCAUGAGAAUCGACAAUAAAAUCAAAAAGGAGAUCGACAAAAUCCAGGCGAAAGAGAGAGAGACGGCGUGUUGCAUAAGGAACGACGAUUCAGGAUGCGUGCAAUCUUCGCAAGCCGACUGUUCGAAAACCAUUUCUACUUGGAAAAAAUGGACAAUGGGCGACGCCGGACCUGGUGGAAGAAUAUCGGGUUCUGUGUGUGGCCUGGAUCCAAAAUUUUGUGACGCUCCUGCUAGUGUCCACCCCUACGAAUGGCCGGACGACAUCACCAAAUGGCCGAUAUGCCGCAAAACCAACACGCAAUUUUCCAAAUCGAAUACGCAGUUCUCCGUACAAAAAGGAGGGAGCGGCAACAGCGCCGCAGGACCGCGCGACAAGUUGGCCGAGCACAUGGUGUGCGAAAUAAUCGGGCAUCCGUGCUGUAUCGGCAUCCACGGCCAGUGUCGGAUCACCACCAAGGAGUACUGUGAUUUUGUAAGGGGGGGCCUUUCACGAGGAAGCUUCUCUUUGCUCGCAGGUGUCCUGCUUGAACGACGUGUGCGGCAUGCUGCCCUUCUACUUCCCCGACUCCCCUGACCAGUUCUAUCGCCUGUGGACGUCCAUUUUCCUGCACGCCGGUAUCUUGCAGCUGGUGGUUACGGUGCUGGUGCAGCAUUUUUUGAUGCGCGAUCUGGAGAAAUUGACUGGCAGUCUGCGCAUCGGCAUCAUCUACAUCGGCUCGGGGGUGGCGGGGAAUUUGGCCAGCGCCAUUUUCGUGCCCUAUCGAGCGGACGUGGGACCGGCUGGCUCUCAAUUCGGCCUCCUCGCCUGCCUCAUAGUGGAAGUCCUCAACGCCUGGCCGAUGCUCAAAAGGCCCAAACGUGCCCUGGGCAAACUGCUCUGCGUCACCUUGGUCUUGUUCCUGAUCGGUCUGUUGCCCUGGGUGGACAAUUACGCCCACUUAUUCGGUUUCCUCUUCGGUUUCCUACUCUCCUACGCCCUCUUACCUUUCAUAUCUUUCGGGCCCUACGACAAACACAAAAAGGUGUUCUCCAUUUGGGUUUGUCUGGCCGCUGCGUGGAUUUUGUUCAUUUGUUUGGUGCUUUUGUUUUACGUUAUUCCGGUGUACGACUGCGAGGUUUGUUCGUAUUUCAAUUGUCUGCCGUUGACUAGGAAUUUCUGCGCCAGUCAGAAUAUCAACUUCAAAAAGGAGGAGCCUAUAGUAUGA